CUAAUCUUGAUUAAAGAGACCAUCGUAUGAUUGCAGUCAGUUCCUUUCAGUGCAAUCAUAUAAACUAAAGAGUCAUGAGAAUCGCUACGAUUUUGUUGUAUUGCUUGAUUUUUGUUCAUCAAUCGGUCGAAGAUGAUGAAAAUCGGAUUGUUAGUAACUGUCCACAAAUUAUCGGUCGAAAGAGAUGGGGCAGUCGAACAGCCAAGAGUAUAACAUAUCAAACAAUCCCAGUGAAAUAUGUGAUUGUGCAUCAUACAGUUACACCGUCAUGCGAAACCAAAUUGAAGUGCUCAAAUAUUCUGAUUGGCAUACAAAAUUAUCAUAUGGAUGAACAAGGCGGAGAAGACAUUCCAUACAACUUUCUAGUCAGUGAUAAUGAUAUUUACGAAGGAACUGGCUGGCACAUCCGUGGUGGUCAUACUUACAAUUACAAUUCAAAUUCAACGGGAAUUGCAUUCAUUGGAUCAUUCAAUGAAAAAAUGCCAACAGCCGUUGCCAUCCAAAAGACAAAGCAACUGCUAAAGUGUGGAGUGGAAUCGGGUGAACUGCAUCCAAACUACAUCCUACUUGGUGGCAGACAAAUUUAUGCUACAGAAAGUCCGGGCCUGGAGCUAUAUGCCGAUCUACAAGAUUGGGAACAUUGGUCAUCAACACUUUAAACCGAUUUGUUUAGUUUCGAAAUUAAAAAAAAAACCCAAAAUUUUCUAUUUAAUUAUACAUUUCGAUACUGUAAUUAAUUUUUAGGGAAUUUUUCUACCAAAAUUCAAUAAGUGAUUGGCGUUUCAAUUCAA